AUGUCUCCCUCCGCGAUCGUGUCUCAGGCUGAUUCGACUGCGCCUGCCAAUGGCAACGGCACACAGAUCGAGCAGUCCGUGCCAAACCCAGUGUACCUUACAACAGAACCAAAGGAGGACUUCGACUGGAGGAUUACGUUGAAGGGCAAGGUUGUUGCCAUCACUGGCGCAAACCGAGGAAUUGGUCUGGGACUCGCGACUGUCUGCCUCGCAAACGAUGCCGCUGCCAUCUAUUCGCUCGAUCUUUUCGAGCCGGGCGAGGAGUUCCAAGCACUCCAGAAGGCCAACCCCAAACGUCUGCAUUACCUCCACUGCGACGUCACUUCGGAAGAGAGUGUGACCAAGGCCAUUGACGAGGUUGUUGCGCAAUCCGGGCGCAUCGAUGGCAUGAUCGCCAAUGCAGGCAUGACUAAGCACCAGCCGGCUCUGAACUUUGAUCGGCCUCAGCUUGAGCAGCUGUUCAACCUUAACGUCUUCGGCGCAUACUUUUGUGCAACGGCCGCUGCGAAGAAAUUCAUCGAACUCGGCAUCAAGGGCUCCAUUGUCUUCACCGCGUCGAUGACCUCGUACCGCCCGAAUCGAGCCGCACCUUCUGCACCAUAUGGCGGUACCAAGGGGGCUGUUCGCAACAUGGCACACACGCUCGCUAUGGAGUGGGCGAAGCAUGGUAUCCGAGUGAAUUCCAUUUCGCCCGGUUUCGUACGAACGCAGAUGACAUACUAUGUCGAGAAGGCGCCAGACUGGAACCUGAAGAUGCAGUACUAUGGCGGUAUGCCCAGGUUGGCAGAUCCUAAGGAGCUCGGAGGCGCAUAUGUAUAUCUCUUAUCAGAGAGCGCCAGCUACACUACUGGAAUUGAUAUCCCAGUUGCUGGCAUUGUUGGUGCUUGGUAGAGCGUUCUUUGCUAAGUAUCCUUCUGCAAUGGAAGGUGUUAGGACUACGAUUUGUUAUGAUUCCCAUAGAAUAUAUUCAACGACUUACGCAU